AUGAAAACUGAUUAUGCUGUGAAGCCGCCUCCAGAAAGUUGGUACUCCACGGUUUGCUUAAAACCUCCAUGUAUUGUUGGUCGUGGGUCUGAGAGCCCAGCUAUUUCCGGAGCACAGACUAAUUGUCAUAUGGCACAAUCAAUGAGAGAUGAUUCAACCUUUUUUAUUCUUGAUCCGCAGAGCUCAAAAUACCUAAUUUGGAUGACGUUUGUAUCGAUGGCGGUAGUCUACAAUCUCUGGACUCCAAUUCUACGCCAGGGUUUCAGAGAGAUACAGAAUGGCCACGACGCCCUUUGGAUUGUGUUAGAUUUGCUAGCUGACCUGCUUUAUUUUUUUGAUGUGUUUGUCCAGUUGCGUACUAGUUAUUUAGAACGCGGAUUAACUGUCUUAAAUCGUGCAAAAUUAUUUAAGCGAUAUGUUCGCUCUAGGUGUUUUCUCUUUGAUAUUGUUUCCCUGCUUCCUCUGGAUCUGCUCCAGUUCGAAAUAGGUAUUCAACCAAUGAUCCGUUUUCCUCGAUUUUUAAAGGCAUAUCGUGCUUGGGAGUGGAAGGUGAAGGUGGAAAACCAAUCUGUAUUCCCAAAUCUCUGGCGUGUAACCAACUUGACCCAUAUUCUAUUUUUGGGUUGCCAUUGGUUCGCAGCUUUCUACUAUCUGCUUUCUGAACAUAUGGGCUUUAAAGACACUUGGGGUUAUCCUAAACCAGAAGGCCCCACAGCAACGGUAGCCAGGAAGUAUCUGCAGUCCUUCUACUGGGCAACACUGACGCUAACAACGAUCGGGGAUAUUGACUCUCCUCAAGGAAUUGAACAGUAA